AUGGAGCCGGAUAAUCUGCAGGCAGCAUCUACUUACAUUAAUAAUGUGCUCCUCGCCCGAGGUCUGCUGAAGAAUGGACGACCGAUCGAUUUCGCAGAGCCGGAGAACGAAGAGGGUGGCACUGGGGCUACAAUGGGGAGAAUCAUCAACCUGGUGAACGAUCUGGUUUUGCGGCGGGAUCGCGAGGCAGAACAUCGAGAGAAUCUAGCAACCACAAUCCGCGCGCUACGCACCGAAGAUUCCCAGAAGACAGUUGAAAUAGAGAAACUCAAGGCGAAAGCUUCUGAAUUAACCCGCGCGCUGGCCCUUGCCGAGGCUCAAGAACGAUCAUUGAAAUCCAACGUUGCGCACACCGAUGCGACCAUCAGAGGGCUCAAGGAGCAGGUACAGCGCAUGAAAACUACGAUACAGCAAGUCCGAGCACAGUGCGCAAAUGACAUUCGCAAACGUGAUUUGGAAAUGCAAAGGCUAAAGUCUCACCUGUCCGACCGACAGCGUGGGAAGCGGGAAGGCCUGGGAGUGACAACCAUCAAUAUCAACCCCGCCGUUGACCGAGCAUCUAAAGCGAAGUUCUCUUCUGGUGGAGAAGGCCUCCAUGAUCCAGGCUAUAGUCUCAGACAAGAGACCAACGACUUCCUCACCGAACUGUGUCAGAAUCUGAGUGAUGAGAACGACAGCUUGAUUAUGCUCGCACGCAACACCGUUCAAACGUUGAAGGACCUCCAGGGCUUGCCCGAGAUGGACGAUGACGAUGAGUAUUCCAACGGAACAGUCAGCAUUGGAACCCAUAAGUCGUCGCACGGGCCUGUGACUGCUCUGCCCGCGUCAUGCGAAGAGUUAUCGUCUCAGAUGGAUAGAGUGCUUGAACAUCUCAGAAACCUUCUUACCAACCCCUCUUUCGUACCUCUCGAAGAGGUGGAAGUCCGAGACGAGGAAAUCAAGAGACUGCGUGAGGGCUGGGAGAAGAUGGAGGGUCGCUGGAAGCAGGCGGUCACUCUAAUGGAUGGCUGGCAUAAGCGACUUGCUGAUGGCGGAGGCUCUAUUCAGGCCGAGGAACUCCGCAUGGGAAUGACGCUGAACCUUAGCGUUGACUCGGUACGCGAUGUGCCGAUGGAUGAGGGAGACAAUAUCAUGCCAUCGCCGAUUUUCGAAGACCGCGACGCCGAAGAAGAGGCUGCGGGCCAGGUCAAGCUUGUGGACCAAAACAGAGUUGGUGGCGGCGGACAGGAACUAGGAAAAGGUCAAGCAACAUCUGAUCGGGCUCUCAAAGAGCGGAGCGACAACAUACGGUCCAAACGCUCUCCACGAAAAGUCUCUUUCACAUCUGCUCUGCAGGAAUGCCCAGAUGAGUCUGGCAGAGAGGAGGAUGAAACGUUACCUGUUAAAGCUCACCGUUCGGAUGCUGUAACACGCAGACCAUCAAAGAAGAAGUCCGACGCUAAGUCCGUCCGUCCAAGUCCAGGCGAGCCGAGGACCCGCACAAGGGAUACGUCAAAACCCGAGCAGCAACCGAGCACUCAGACUCGCAUGAGCGUUCCUCAGAAGCUAGCGGCCGCCGAGAGUGAGGCUCGAGCUGCAGAACAAGCUCGCAAGGAGAGUGAAAGCCGGAAGAGAAGCCGGGCCGCCAAAGCGAGUAGCAAACGAAACCAAGAUCGACGGAGGAGCACUCUGACCAGCGACGAGCUUGGAGAGCUGAUGGGAAUGCCGACAGCUUGA